AUGAGAAGAGAAAAACCUCGCAACGGCCUGCUCCCGAACUCGCUAAGGGUCAUCUCGUCGUGCCUGAAGACGGUCUCGUCGAACGCCGGGUCCGUCGCUUCAACGGUCCGAUCAGCCGGAGCAACAGUUGCUGCUUCUAUAUCUUUGCCUGGGGAAGAAGAGAAAGACCAAGUCUGUUCCUUUGCUUUUAUUCCCCAUAUUUUUCUUAUACAUAUUAUCCCCUUUCUUCUGAUGUCUGGAUUCUAUGAUCGUACAGUCUGUUAUUUUUCCUCCAUGUUACUUUUGUUCUUUUCUGUUGGUCGUUUUAUUGAUCUUAGUGAUUUUUUUUGUACCAAGGAAAACUUUCAUUUACCGUUCGUUUUUUGCUCUUCUCGAUUUACGUUUCUGUUCUUCUGGAUUUCCACUGUCACAUUUUGUGGAGGGAAUCCCUUUGACUCGCACCAUCGAGAGAAGAUGGAAAAAGAAAAUGUUGGAGGUAAUAAGUGAAUGGCGUUGCUUAUUCAAAAUAUUAGUGGAAGUUUCCCAUCGAAUCAAUAGAGGAUUAUUCUUACUCCGCAAUUUAGACAAAAAUGGAAUCGUGAUGCCGGGAUCUUGGGUGGAAACAGGUGAUACUUGUUAUGCCCUGCAAAGGAAACUUGUAGAUUACCAUUAACGCCUCAGAUAGCGAACAAAUCGUCGUAUCGCCCAGAGGAUAGAUUAUUACGAGCCAUACUUGGUAUUCAGGUUUCCACUGCAAAGGAAACUUGUAGAUCCGAAAUUGGAAGGUCGUAAAAACCCUUUUUCAUUAAUGAAAAAUCUUUAUGCCGACAAAGCAGCCUCACUGGUUACAUGAAUAUACCCAUAGAAGGAAAGGAAACGAAAGAAAAGCCCAGAAAACGUAGAAUAGAAAAUUAUCUUUCGAAGAGAUAACGGUUAUGUUAUGUUUUACAAUUUAUGAUUGCGUCGUGAAAAAAUAUGAACUGUAAAGUCGUCUAUUUUACCUUCCUGAAGGAUAACAUUUAGUUGAAGAGAUCCAAUUUAUAGUUUAGGCUCGCCUCUGGUCUUCAAUAUUCUUUCUGAGACAGAAACCUCAUCAUGGUUUGGAUUGAGUAGUUCAAAUUUUAGAGUAUAUAUCAAAAUGUGAAAGGGCCGAAGGUCACUAUUAGACCUUCUCGGGAUACAUCAAUAAUAUCCCCGGAUAUUCAGGGUUUGCUGGGCACGAUAGGUUAGUAAUACCAUCACUUGCUCAUGGUAUCCCGUUCUGUCGAAUUUUUCAUGGAUUUCAAUGGUUGUAGAAGCCAGUUCUGUGUCAUUUUGCGCUGCGCCUGCCUUAUUUAUGUACAAGAUAUCAUCUGGAUUCUAUAUACACAUUUAUUUACUAUUGCAAAACAUGGAAGUUUAUACUUCUAGAAACACAUUUUUAUUUAGCAAUGAAUAUAUAAAAAGAGGAAUGAAAUCUUUUCAGUGUAAUUAAAUCCGUAAAUCUGUGAUGUCUCAUUUAAAGAUCAUAGUUAGUUCACCCUCCCCCUCUGUUACGCUAAUUGCCCCAGCACAAGGCUGAAAGCACUGCUUCUUUUAUCAUCACCAUUAAUUGAUAAGCCCUGUUUUCUUAAUGAUAAUUUUGUUGUCGUACAGUUGCUCUUCGAAUAUUUCAUAUGAAUAAGUGUCUUUUAUCUUGUGUGCAUGUACCCUUACAGGUCGAAUGCAUUGCUAUAGCAACAGACGAUUGGAAAGUAUCUAUGAAAUCCUUCGUUGUUAGUGUCAUAGUUUGACAUGUACUAUGAGUGGCAAAAUUGUUACAUAAGAAGGGUGAAAAAAUAAAACGAAAAGAAAGAGGGGUCAGAUCUUUCUUAAUUAUUUGAACAAUCAUCCUAGCUAGUUCUCUUAUUGCAAUGUUUUCGUAGACGUACCAAUGUGAACGUUUCAAUCAUUUGUUAAAUUUUCACGGAUUAAAUUUGAUUUUUACUUGUUGCUUGAACAGGUAUUAUGGGUUGGCUUUGACAAGAUACAAAUUAGUUCUACUUGCUUCAGGCAUGCUUUGUUACUUGGCUAUGCCAAUGGCUUUCAAGUUCUUGAUGUCGAGGAUGCAUCAAAUAUCCAUGAGCUGGUCUCAAAGCGUGCUGGUCCAGUCACCUUCUUACAGGUGCUACCAGUCCCAGCUAGGUCCGAGGGUACUGAAGGAUUUAGAGCAUCCCAUCCUUUGUUGUUGGUCGUUGCAGGUGAAGGAGCCAAUGGUUCCAAUAUGGCCCAAGGUAGCCACUUGAGUGCAUUGGUCAGGGAGACCAGUAAUGCUCCUCAGCAAGUGGAUUCCAUCUCCACCCCAACUGUAGUUCUAUUUUUCUCAUUAAGGUCUCACAGCUAUGUGCAUGUACUAAGGUUUCGAUCGGCUGUUUACAUUGUUCGGUGCAGUCCUCGAGUGGUUGCUGUGGCUCUUGCAGCACAAGUAAGCAGUGAAUGAUCCACAUACCCUGAAAACAUAUAGAUUCUAACUGGCAUUCUCAUUAUGUUUUGGGAUUUAACCGUAAAUAGUUGAUUUUUGUAAUGGGGUACUGAUAUAUUGCUUUUUAUGACAGAUAUAUUGUUUUGAUGCUGUGACACUGGAAAAUAAAUUCAGUGUUCUUACUUAUCCAAUGCAAGGACCAGUAGGGACAAAUGUUGGGCUUGGUCCAAUUGCUGUUGGUCCGAGAUGGUUAGCUUAUGCUUCCAACAAUCCUAUUUUGUCAAAUUCAGGACGCCUGAGCCCCCAAAAUCUUACAACCUCUCCUGGUGUUAGCCCAUCAACGUCACCCAGCAGUGGAGGCUUAGUUGCUCGUUAUGCAGUAGAGUCUAGUAAACAGUUAGCUGCUGGAAUUAUCAAUUUGGGCGAUAUGGGAUACAAAACUUUGUCCAAAUAUUAUCAAGAUCUUUUACCCGAUGGAUCCAACUCCCCUACAUCAUCAAGUUUUGGCAGGAAAACUGGUAGACUUGGAUCGGCGACGCAGCUGAAUGAAGUAGAUAAUGCGGGAAUGGUAAAUCAUGUCACCUGUACCUUUCACCCGAAAUCUUUUCUACCAGAUGCACAUGACUGGCCCUCUCCAACGAUUUUGAUAUCUUGUUACUGUUGACUCUUUCUGAUACAGGUCGUCAUUAAGGAUUUUGUUUCUAAAGAAGUCAUUUCACAAUUUAGGGCCCAUACGAGUCCGAUAUCUGCACUAUGUUUUGAUCCUAGUGGUACUCUUUUGGUGACUGCUUCUGUGCAUGGGAACAAUAUAAAUGUCUUCCGGAUAAUGCCAAACUGUGUACCUAAUGGUACAAGCUCCUCGUGUUAUGAUUGGGCUACAUCACAUGUCCAUCUAUACAAGCUAUAUCGUGGGAUAACAACAGCUGUAAGAAUUAAUAUUUUGUAAUAUCGUACGCUUUAACUUUUUCUUCACAAUCAUUAUUUAAAUAUCUGCAUAAUUUUCUGUUACAGGUCAUUCAGGACAUCUGUUUUAGCCAUUAUAGUCAGUGGAUUGCAGUUGUUUCAUCCCAUGGAACAUGUCAUAUUUAUGUCUUGUCUCCUUUUGGUGGUAGUGCUGUCCUCCAGACACAGACUUCUCACAGUGACGGACCUUCACUUGUACCUACUCUCUCAAGGCCAUGGUGGUCUACCUCAACAAGCACGAAGGACCACCAGGUCCUUCCUCCUCCACCUGUUGCACUUUCAGUAGUCAGCAGGAUAAAAGACGGAAAUUCUGGGUGGCUUAAUACUGUGAGCAGUAUAGCAGCUUCUGCAGCUGGAAAGGCACCUACACCAUCCGGUGCUGUUGCUGCUGUCUUCCACAGGUCUGUGGAUCAUGAUUCUCGGUCCGCUAAUUCAAAGGCUAAGGCUUUGGAGCACCUUUUAGUAUACUCUCCUUCAGGCCAUCUUGUUCAACAUGAACUAUUGCCUUCCUCAGUUGCAGAGGCAUGUGACAGCAAUUCCAAACUAGGAUCUGGUCCCCUUUUGCAGGCUCAAGAUGAAGAACUGCGGGUGAAUGCUGUACCAGUUCAAUGGUGGGAUGUAUGUAGAAGGUUGAAUUGGCCUGAAAGAAAAGAAUGCAUUUCUAGCGCUAGAUGUGACGGUCAAGAACAUGAGGAAACGCUCGUGGAUGUUACUGAUUGCGAGGAUACUGGAUCCAAAAACUCAUCCUCCUCUCCAAGUAGUGCUGCUUGUAAGGAUUUUGUGAGAACUCAUGAAAAAUCUCACUGGUACUUCUCAAAUGCAGAAGUCCUUGUUAGCUCCGUGAGGUUACCAAUAUGGCAGAAAUCCAAGGUAUUUUCAUAAUUUCUAGAAAUUGAACUUUCUAGAAGAUGUCUUCAUAAUUUUUGUGGAUGAAUAUGUUACAUUUUCUUUGACAGAUCCGAUUUUAUUCUAUGGAUCGUCAAAGCAGUGAAAUAUUCACCUGUGAUUAUAACGGUGGAGAAAUUGAAAUUGAAAAUAUUUCUGUUGAUGAGGUUGAAACAAAGAGGAAGGAUCUGCUUCCUGUUUUUGGCCAUCGAAGGUAUGCUAUCCUAUUGAUGGCGUAA